AUGUCGAACUCCGCGCGAUCGACGGCGCGGCUGGAGAAGCGGAUGACGGACGCGCUAGCGGCGAGACACAAGACGGUGAAGAAGGUUCCGAAGAACUUCGACGCGUUCGUGCUCAAGUUCCCGAGGAUCAACGCGGGUCUCGAGCUGCUCCGAGAAGUGUAUGACAAAAUCGUGCCCGAGGGCAAAGAAGGCAUGUCGUUGGACGAGCUGAAGACCGCGCUCGCCCAGCUGGAGGUGACAGUGAGCGAAGAGGAGCUGAAGGCCAUUUUCGAGCAGACGGAGUUGGACACUUCGUAUGGGGAAGGGUCGGACUCUGUUCCAGCAGAGGAGGCAACAGUGGUGUGCUUCAAUGCGUUCGUGCUGUGCCUGGGGAUUGUGUUCCUGCUCGAGUCGGCUGAUAAUGCUUAG